AUGACUGAUUUUGUUUACCAAGGAGAAGAUUUCGAUCAAAAAGUUAUCAAACAAGUAGAAUUCUAUUUUUCAGAUUCUAAUUUACAAACUGAUAUCUUUUUAUUCAAAAUAUAUCAAGCUAAUGAUGGUUGGGUUGAAUUGAAAACCAUUUUAACUUUUGGUAGAAUGAAACAAUAUCGUCCAGAAGAGAGAGUUAUUGAAGCUUUAAAGAAAUCUGACAAGUUGGAAUUAUCUGCUAAUAAUGAUAUGAUUAAAAGAAAAGAACCAUUGAAAGAUUUUAAUGAACUUAAGAAUACCAGAAAAAGAAAUACCAUUCAUAUUGAAGGAUUCCCAAAGGAUUUAACUCAAGAAGCUUUAGAAUCUUGGUUCAAUGAGAAAAUUGCCACCGAAUUACCAAAUGAAAAAGUUAUUUGUUGUAUUCGUCGUAUUAAGAACAGAUUCACUAAGGAAUUUUUAGGUAUUGUUGAUGUUGAAUUCAAAACCCAAGAAGAUACUGAAUAUGUAUUAAACACCGUCGAAUUAUCAUACCCUGAAGGAAUUGUUUCUGCUGAAGGUAGAGACAAAAAAGAUCUCUUAAAGAAGAUGUCUCUCUUAACUUUCCAAGAAAUGAGAGAGGGAGGAAAACGCAAGCCACAAUUACUUCAGUGGUUUUCUGCAUCUUCAAAGUUGCUGUCAGUUUCCCGUAAGAAGUUUAAGAAGGACUUCAAAGGAAAGAGAGAUAAUAGAAGAGAAUUCCGUGGUUCCAGACGUGAGCAAGCUGGUGAUGAAAAUGCUGUAGAAUCUACUGCUACUCCAGAAGCUGCUGAACAACCAAAGCAAUCUGAAGAAGCUUCUGAACAACCAAAGAAAUCUGAAGAAUCUUCUGAACAACCAAAGCAAACUCAAGAAGCUACAGAGCAACCAAAACAAACUCAAGAGACUCCUUCUGAAUCAGCUAAGGAACCUGCGACUGAAGCUUAG